UUAGGCUACUUACAGUCUACAUGCAGUACUGAAAUAAUGAAAUAAAGAAAUAAUAAAACUCGCCCCGAUCCAGAGCCUCGUCUGAGAAAGUAAGAGUUUACGGUGUUCUUUCUCCACUCACACUCCCGUGUCUUCUUUUGCAAAUAUGAGCGACGUAUCUUUGCUGUAAUCAACAAGGUGCAUUCCGCGUGUCAGCCAAUCACGGGAGAGCAGGCGGUAAAGGUUCCUGUUUUCUCGAGACUGGUUAUCACAGUGUUCCAGGAGCGCGCCGUGUGUGUACGGAAGCAGAGAGCGUCAAACCGCGGAAAAGUUCAACGGAGGCAGAGUGAGCGUGCGAGACGAGUGUGUGAUGUUUGCGAAGGCGACGACUAACCUGCUGUGUGAGGUGGACCCAGAGGGCGCGCUGGUGGCGGUGCAUCGCCUCAACGACUCGGACAAGCUGGCGCCCCUCGCCCUCGUCAUCAAGCGCCAUCGCUUCUGGUUCUGGCAGCGCUGCAAGUACCUGCCCACCGGGUUCUGCCUCAACGACCUGCUAGAACCCGGGAGUACGCCCAUCCAGCCAGUGGUGGAGGAGAAGGACUUCCUGAAGUACUCGGGGACGUUCGGCGAGGCGGUGAGCGGCACGGUGCAGGCGGAGGUGGGCAGUGUGGGCGGGGCCAAUAUGGCGCUGGAGGGCAAGAGGUCGUCCAAGCUGCAGUCCAGCUUCGGAACGCUGCGCAAACAGGAACUGGACGUCAACGCACUGCUCCAAGACUCCAAAGACAAGAGGCUGGACCUAGAGCAUGAUCUGAUGGAGCAGGUGCGUGAGAAGCGGCGGCGUGUGAUUGGUCUGGUCAGGGAGCGCGUCUUCACCACGCAGGAGUGUUCCGUGUGUGAGGAGGUGGACGACAUGACCACCUGCAGCGGCCUGAUCGGGCUCUUCACACCUACCAGGAUCAAGGUGUCGGUGAAGCACAGUGGAAAUCUGGAGUCUGACAGCAAUGUGUCCCUCACCAUCCCAGCCAACACCACCCUGGCCUACAGCCUGAUAGAGCUGGAGAUUAAGGCUAAAGGAAGAUACGAGUUGUGUCUGCUGCAGGACCUAGAGGGCGGCUUUGAGUCCGACUCGGUGGACACGGUACACACCGUACACAAGAGGGACCUGCUGACCGUCUCCUCCGCCCCCAACCACACACACACAUCAUCCCUGCUGACCGCUCUAGAGCAGGAGAGCAGGCAGCUGUCUCCUCUGGCCGGUGAGCCGGCAGGCACUAGGACCCUGCUGCUGCAGGGGCUCUCUGAGCUGAUGAGGGACCGGGCAGCACUGGACAAUCUGGAGCAAGCGUUGGAGAAGCGGUGUGACGAGGUGACCCCUGACCUUCCCUCGCUGGAAAAGGCUCCGUCCACUCAGGCCCAGGUGACCUCUGUCCUGCGGCUGCUGCCGCCCGACGCCCCUCGACCCCUCGUCUCCGCCACACACCUGCUAGUCAGCGCGCUGGACGAAAUGUCCGAUGAGGGUCUGACUGCUCUCUCCUCCUGCUGUACCCCUCCUGUCCUGCAGGCUUUACAGCAACUGGUGCUGAGCUUGGCGUCCGAGGGGGCGUGUUCUCCAGUAGGCCCCGCCCUGGCUGAGGAGGCGGUCUUCCCGCAGGUGCAGCUCCUAUUCGCUGCCUCAGGUGUCACUCUGCACAGAGAGGCGGGGACUGUGAAGGUGGAGGGCGGGGCCUUGACAGGACGCCUCCCACUGGUCAUGGGCAUCGCCGUCACCGGAUUGGCUGCUUUGGUGGAGAACAAGUGAAGAGCGAGGAGAAAAGGAGAGAAAGAGAGGAGGAGGAGAAGAGGAGAGAAAGAGAGGGGGAGCAGAGGAGGAGAAGAGGAGAGAAAGAGAGGGGGAGCAGAGGAGGAGAGGAGAAGAGAAAGAGGGGAGGAAUAUAUAAGGAUAGAGAAGUGGAAUAGAAGAGAGGGAUGAAGAAGGAGAAGGAGAGAAGAGGAAGAGAGACCGUAGAAGAGUGGGAACACAUGGUGCAGCAACUUGCCACACACACACACACACACACACACACUCACACACACACACACACACACCAGUGGGGUAUACUACGAAUCUCGAUUAGUGCGUUAGCGAGGUAUGUUGCGCUCAAAGCCAGGGUAUGCUGUCAUACGAAAGUGGAUUUGUUUUAGCGUCGCUGUGUCACCAUGGUAUCUUAUGCUCGCAACCAAACCUGGUCGGGAGCCGGUUAUGUGCUAACUUGUAGCUCAAAUCGUGAAAAACUACCGCCCUCUGACCAAUUCUAACCAAUCCAUUAUCUUGAAAAACGAAGUUAUCUCACGUGUGCUAAUCUGUCAUACUUUGAACAGGUCCAGCCCCGCCUCUGCAAACAUUUUGAAUCUCGAAGGCGCUUUUAACUAUGUUGCCCGUGAAAAUAUGUCACUACUAUGGACGUGCAUACCAUGCAAUAUUUGAUGACCAUCGACUUUUUUAUGUUAUGAGUUAGACACUAAAAUAGACCACCCUAGAUUUCUCUGACGGUCAUAAAUGCGGAAGUAAUCGUUGGUUAACCUAGGCUGUCUUGUGCGUCUCCACGUUUCCCGAUUGGUCAAAAUCACCCCAACCACGAGAACGCGCACAGAUCUGAGCUGAAAGCCGAGUUUGAUAAAUUCAUCCUUGAGUGAGUUUAGUAGUACCACUCAACUCUGAUUGCGACUUUCGUUUUUAGCAAUCCAGGUUAUCCUAAGAAAGCUUGGUUAUGUUCAGCGAGAUUUGUAGUAUACCCCACAGGCUUGUGCAAAAUUCCAGAUUUUAGAAUUGUCCUCCAUGUCUGUUGUUGACCUCACUACACAUUCAGUUCAAAUUCAAGAAUUGAAUUGAAAUUAAGGAGUAAUUCUCAAUUCAAUUCUGAAUUUUGCACAAGCCCGUCUCACACACACACACCGUAAGGAGUAAGAACACAAAUGUAGGGAUUGGAUGUUAUGGGCUCCCCCUAGUGGUGGUUGCAGGAACAUCAGCAACAUUACCCUCUAGAAGCAGAGCGAGUGUGUGAGUGUGUGAGUGAGUGCGUGCGUGCGUGCGUGCGUGCUCUUAAUGUCAGUGGUGCACCAACACCAACAGGGUUGUGAAAUGUUUUUUUCUUUUUAUUAUUAUUAUUGAAAAUGAGCCAAGCUGAUUUACUGCCUUCUUAUGUCAAUUCAUGUCACACACACACACACUCCUCUCUGAAAACCAUCAGCACUGACACACACACACAUUUCCAGACUUCCUUCCGGAACACAGGUGUGUUCUUUACAGUAACACUGUGUGAGUCGUUUACUACAGGCCAACAUUAGACGUUUGUUUUUAUCUUUUUUAAAUGCAAUUUCAUAUUUAAAAUCAGCUGUUUAACUCUGGGUUAACUCUGUUGUCUGGAUUAAGUGUGUUGCUCUCAACUGUUUGUGGUCAUUUCUAUUAAACAAAUUAAACUUCA